AUGGCUGACGAUUCCCCCAACACCAACAACAAGAACCGCUCCUCCUCUUCUUCUUCUUCCUCCUCCUCCUCCUCCUCCUCACCCUUCCAGACCCCGCCCCUCUUCCGAACACCAACUCCUCCCCCAGCUCCAGAACCUGCUCCCGCCACCACCGCAGAGACCAUCGAAGACUUCCAAGCCGCUGGACUACGAUAUGAUGCGGAUCCGAGACUAGAAGCUGCCGCCUCCAUCGCCAACACUCCAGAGUUCCAUGCCGCUGGGCUAGAAGAGCUCAGCGCUGCUGCUGCUGCCGUCGCUCCAGAAACGAGUGCUCUUCGCACCACCGCGAAUCACGACGGUACGGGCUCGCAUGCUCCUCGCACGGUCACACAUAACGCGUCUCCCGCCACAGCAGCAUCCACUCCUCAUACAGCUCGCCUCCCCAGUGGUAUGGCUCUCCUUCCCGGACCCGACCCUCUUCACGCCACCGAUCAACGCGCCUACCCCCCCCUAUCGACCACACCUAGCAUGGCACCGACGGUCGCAGCUAAUUAUCCCGUCAUUUUCGACCUCGACAAUCCCACCACCGCCACCCCCGCCCCUUCGAGUUCCGACAGCGCUCCUGACCACACAUCCGCUGCUCCUCCUAGCACCUCCGCUGCUCCUCCUCGCACCUCUGCGCCUGGCGAAGGCCCUACCACAGCAUCCACUCCCGACGCGUCUCGAAUUGCUGGUCGUACUGCUCACCCUCCCGGAACAGCUUUUCGCCGCCUCAUCGAGAACCGCAGUCGCGCCCGCACCAACCACUCAGCCACACCUUCCGCGCCCACAAUCACCGCUACCCAUCCGCCUUCCAACCCCAACAAUCCCACCACCACUUCUACUGGCACGCGUCCUGAGAACAUUUGGACGCCAGAGGUCGUGCGCGAGGCCCUUGCCGAUGUGGCAGACCGAGAAGAAAUUGAAGCACGCCGAGACGCUGCCCAUCGCGCGGAACUGCGAGCGGCGUUGGCGGCGCAGCCUUCUUUGGCACAGAUCAUGCGUCAGGAUCGCGAAGCACGGGAAGAAGCCGAGCGCGAGGAAGCCCUCGACGCAGCCCGUCGCGCCCGACUACGAGCAGCCCUAUUGCAGCAACCUGAGGCGGAAGCGCUGGGUCUUGGUCAAUGGGGCAAUGUGCCUGCGACGCGAGUCAGUCAGCAAGGGCGAGCUAGUCGGCAGGGGCGAGCUGGUCAGCGAGUCCAGGAUGAUGUUUUGCCUAGUGUGGAAACGCCGGCCAGGGGCGAAAUGGCUGCUGGGAUGACUGCUGAUGAUGACAACGACGAGGAGCAUAGUCCGCCGUGGACGCCGGCCGGUCGGAGUCCAACGGAGAGCGAGUUCGAAGAGGGUGAGGUGGAAGAGAGCAGCGAGGAGGAGGAGGAUGAUGGGCCGAGAAGAAAGCGAAAAGGGGGAAAGAGGCGUUGA